CCUGCCCUCAUUAAACAGCAUUUAGUGGCUACAUUCAACAUGUGAUGGAUAUAUUUAAGUAAUUAGGGAAAUCUGCAAAAAAAAGAGAAAUCCCAACACUGCCAGUAUUUAAUAUUGUCUCUAUGAAAGCAACACCUAAAUGCCUUUUAUACAUACAAGUCUCCAAAGUUGUGUUUUCUGUAUGUAUUUAAAUUUGACCUCCAUUAUAGCCAACAGAAAAAAGGCUGAGGCCCGCAAAACAGGUGGCGGUCCACCACCACCACCUCUCACAGAGGCUGAAAAGAUGGCCCUCAGUCAGAACAGUGGACGACCCAUUGCUGAGGGCAUCUCUGGGGGGAGUUCAUCGGACCCACCCACGCCCCAGGUCACAGGGGCCUACAUAAGAGUUACUGAUGGUGUAAUCUGUCUCGUUGAGCCUUCUGCCAUAACAGACCUCCAUGCUGUUGAGGAUGAUGAAGAAACCUUAUCAGCUGCCACAGAGAGGGAAGAUGCAGAGAGGCCUGCUGAAAGCCAUGCUGGAAAUUACAAUGGGGAAGAAGGUCCAUCAACCUCCACAGCACAGCUUACCUCACUCCCUGUGAAACAACUUUACAAGGUAUAUUUAGAAUCUCAAAUAAACAAAUCACACCUAGAAAUGGAGCACAUAAGGCUGCAGAUCACCAAAACAGAAAAGGAAAUACAACUGCUGGACCAUCAGUUAAAGGUGGGUGACGUGCCCACAGGUGGAUGUUUUUUAAUUGUUUCAACAACAAAGGAUUAACAACUGUACAAAAUUUGUCCUUCUAGGAAAUA